AGCGGCGGGGCCCGGCUCCAUGGCGGUGCGGGCAACGGGGCACCGCUAAGGGAUCCGUAUCACUGCGAGACCCUGAAUCCUCCUCUGCUCGCUGCACUGACCUCUGUUGGCUCCGUCUCGCCCGCAGCCAGAGCCGUACGUACCGCUCUCUUCGGGCGCUAUGGACAGGAACAUGAAGGAGAACCACGCCGCGUACCCCGGCCGCGCUGCUAAGGUUGCAAACCCCAUUGGGGAUGGUCCCAAACGUGUCCCUGUGUCCCAGCAUUCAGCCCAGAGCCGGUUACUGACCAAGGGAGCUCCAGCACAGCGGGUUCUGUGUCCUGCAAACUUUGCCCAGCGAGUUCCUGUGCAAUCUCAAAAACCUGUACUGUCAACCCAAAAACUGUCCAGUACCCAAACAACGCAGCAGCUCCGACCCAAACCWCCCCUGCAGGCGACUGUGAGGCCUCAGGCUGCAAGCAAGAGCAGUGAAAAACCUCCCCAAGCUGCAGGACCUGCAAAAAACCCUGAAGCAGAAAGCACCACUAAACAGAAAACUGAAGAGAAUGCUAAGAAGAAAAGUGAGGAGACCAAAAAGAAGAGUGAAGAAACUAAAAAAAGGCAAUGGUCUCUUGAUGAUUUUGAAAUUGGUCGUCCUCUGGGGAAAGGAAAAUUUGGGAAUGUGUACCUGGCACGUGAAAAACAGAGCAAAUUUAUUCUUGCAUUGAAAGUGCUCUUUAAAACACAACUUGAGGAAGCUGGUGUAGAACAUCAACUACGAAGAGAAGUGGAAAUACAGUCUCAUCUUAGGCACCCCAACAUUCUCAGAUUAUAUGGCUACUUCCACGAYGUGACAAGAGUCUACCUGAUCCUGGAGCAUGCACCUCGUGGAGAAGUCUACAAGGAACUUCAGAAGCUCACCAAGUUUGAUGAGCAAAGAACUGCUACUUACAUCACAGAACUUGCAGAUGCCCUCUCGUACUGUCACUCCAAGAGUGUGAUCCACAGAGACAUCAAGCCAGAGAACCUGCUGCUUGGAUCMAAUGGAGAGUUAAAAAUUGCUGACUUUGGGUGGUCUGUGCAUGCUCCAUCUUCUAGGAGAACAACUCUCUGUGGGACACUUGACUACUUGCCUCCCGAAAUGAUUGAGGGAAGAACACAUGAUGAAAAGGUGGAUAUUUGGAGCCUGGGAGUUCUGUGCUAUGAAUUCCUUGUAGGGAAACCACCUUUUGAAUCAACAACAUAUCAGGACACCUACAGAGCUAUUUCCAGGGUGGAAUUCAARUUUCCUCCGUUUGUAACAGAAGGUGCGAGGGAUUUAAUUUCCAAGCUCCUGAAGCAUAACCCCUUCCAUCGCCUGCCCCUGAAGGAUGUCCUUCUCCAUCCUUGGAUCACAGCAAACUCUACCAAGAUUCCCACCAGCAGGAAGAGUGAAGGUGCUGCCCCAUCCAAAACAUAGUUUUAGGAGAGGUGACUUCUGGGAUCAACAAGAGGAGCCUUGUACUGUGACUACUGUAAUGCUUACAAUAGGAAAAGCAGGUCUUGGAAUCUAGUGGCAAUUGGGAUGCAAAUCCUCRGGUUGGCUGGUGUCUUACACUCAAAUUGCAGCGUAAAAUUAUUUGACUUCUAGCUGGAGCUUGUGGAAUAUUUAAUAUACUUGAAAUCCAGUUCCAUGUGGGCCAGGUUUGCUGAUGUAAGUAUGAAGCUGUUGGAGGCUCUUGUGCUGUGGUCUGUGCUGAAAAUGGUUCGUUGUUUCACCAAGAGGAAGUUGUUGUUCUGGCUUACUGGACAGUGCAAUAUCCUGGAGAUGCCUGCUCCUCCCUGCCUGGGCUGCUCAGGGUGUCCUACCUGUGGUGUAACCUGAAAAUGAGCGAGGUGAAUGUGUUUUUUCAAAUGUUCUAAAAUGAUGUGUCAAUURGUUUGGUCUCUAGUUUUAAAUGUGAGCACUCGUAAAAUAAAGCAUUGUUAUACUGCACCCUGCAGAAUGAGGCUCCUUGUGGCACUGAUUGGCUCCAGCUCAGCUCCACUCCUCCUGGGCACAGAGUUCAAUUCCCACCUCUGGCAAAAAGGAAGCUCCAGAAGUCAUUURCUAUCUCACAAUCCCAAUUUAGGAUUACAAGCUAAGUACCAAAUGUGUUGCUAUUUAACCUGCUUGGUUUAUUGAGAGCUUGGCCUGUUCUGUCCUUUUCCCAAUGAAUUUAUUCGAAGAUCUCCCCUCUGAUAAUAUUUUCCAGCCCYUUCUCUCAGAACUACUUUGAGAUGAUGUUGUGUAACAGGAAGUAAUAACAUCUGGUGUUGUAAGACAUUCCUUAAAUGGUGCUAAGGGUCAGGCCCCUUGCCACCAAAAUAAAGAGACCAAUUCUUUUCCAGUAAAACACUUCAAGCAAACUAAGAAAAAGCAAUUUAUUGUCUUUUCAUUAUAAGACUUCACUAUWUUACAAACAAUUUUAAAAAAUGGUCCUUUUACAAGCAAGGAUUCCAGAAUUCAAAAUAUAUUCUCGAAUUAAUUUAAAAUAUACUUUGCAAAAAAAACUUCAUCUAAAGUUAUCUAAAACUGCCAGUAGUUUAU